UUCCUUCUUCCUCACCUCUCUCGUCCUUCUCUGUUUCACAGUUUGCAUAUAUAUAUAUACAGAGAGCAUUGUUCAAUUCUGUGAAUUCACACAUUGUUUGUGUUAUCUUCUUCAGGAAGCUUUCGAAGAUUUGCUAAAAAAAAGAAAAUGGAGAAACUCGCGGCGAGUACUGUAACAGAUCUAGCAUGUGUAACGGCGCUAAACUCGAACUCGCCACCGCCUCCGUUAUCACCGGUCUCUGAGAAAAGCUUCAGCAACAAACAUCAAGAAGAGUUCGCCGCAAGCUUCGCUUCCUUAUACAACUCGAUCUUCUCGCCGGAUUCUCAGUUUCCGACCUCGUUAUCGCUCUCUCCAUCUCCGCCGUCUUCGUCUUCUCCGCCGGCUCGCGACGAUACAACCACGGAGCAUCGUCUUCGUCAAGCGCGACUCAUCCUCGAGUACGAUGAACUCAACGAGCAUUACGAGCUUUGUAUCAACCGUCUCCAGUCUCUGUUGACGGAACUCGACUCUCUCCGUCGCGAAAACGAUGCUCUCCGUUUUGAAAACUCAGAUCUGCUCAAACUUAUUCAUCUCUCUACUUCGUCCUCUUCCUCCUCCUCCUCCUCCGUCUUUUCGCCGCCGCCGAUUCAUAACCGUCAGUUCCGUCACCAGAUCUCCGAUUUCGCUCCGAUUCAUAAGCAUCAUUCUCGUUCCGCGAAGAGAAACUCGUUGCCUAAGAGCAUCUCCGUCAGAUCUCCAGGUUAUCUCAAGAUCAACCAAGGACGAAGCCAUGGAUUUGGAGCUUCGGAUCGUCAAACGAGUCAACUCAGCAACACCGACUCGGUCUCAUCUCAAAAGGUUUGUGUAGAAACAAAAGAGAGGGAAGCUUUAGAGCUUGAGGUGUAUCGUCAAGGGAUGACGAAGACGGAGCUUUGUAACAAAUGGCAAGAGACUGGAGCUUGUCCUUACGGAGAUAACUGCCAAUUCGCUCACGGAAUCGACGAGCUCCGUCCUGUGAUUAGGCAUCCGCGCUACAAAACUGAGGUCUGUAGGAUGAUUGUUACGGGAGCUGCGUGUCCGUACGGUCACCGUUGCCAUUUCCGUCACUCGCUUACUGAUCAAGAGAGGAUGAUGAUGAUGAUGCUCACUCGCUGAUCUACUGAGGAAGGAAGAAGAAGAAGAAGAAGAAGGUCUCACCCAAAAAAGGGUAAUAAUUAGUGGGUUGGUUGUGUGUACAUAUUUGAUAUAAAUAUGGUAACUUUUUUUCUGGGUAAUUGAAUGGGAGAAGAAACAUAUUUGCAUAGGAAUAAGGAAGAGAAAGAUGUUAAAUAAAAUGUUAUAGGGAAAUUAUAAUUAGGGUAUGGAUAUGAAAGGAGAAUUGAAGAAAUGUGUGAUUCUCUUUUCGACUUUGGGAUGUGUUGAUUCUUUGUAUAUCUCUCGGAUUAAGCAGGAGAGAGGGGACCUGAAAAGGAUUUUAGGUUCGAACAAAGAUAUUGAAUUUGUAUUGAUAAAAGUUUUUAACGUUUGCAUAACUAUGAAAUUUUCUUUUCAGUUUA